AUGGUUAAUGUGAAGUUUGAAGACUACAGCUCUUUGCUGGAGAGUCUUGAUCAGAACAUAGAUCAGGCAAACCGCCGAGAGGACCCGUUCGCCAAACAGAUGCAGGGAGUCAAACCUAGGCUUUCAACGAUGAGCUACUCAUCGGCUGGUUCAUACACCCCUGACUCAUCCCCUGAUAUGAUCUUCAAUCAAGAGCAGUAUAAUGAGAACCAGUUCAAUGAGAACAUGUUCAACAAUGAUCUAUACAGCACUUUAUCGGAGCUUCCAGAGCUCUCCAACAUGAGUAGCAGCAUGAGCGGUACGAGUGAAAACAACUCACCCCACUCUACCGAGUUAAACGACUUGGGAAUGCUAAAUGGGAUCAAUUUUGGAUCCUCUGCAGACACCAACAACACCGUUGGUUCUUCUGUUAACACAACCAUUGGGGACCAAGUCUUGCUUCCCGUGGUGGAUAUGGAAAGAAAUGACGCAAUUGCAGCCUCGGCUGCGCAUCAAUCGAUAAAGGACUCAAAAGUGGCCAAACCAAGAAAGAAGAUGAAGUCGUCUCACAAUUUGAUUGAAAAGAAAUACAGGACCAACAUCAAUUCGAAAAUCUUGGAAUUAAGGAAUUGUGUCCCAACGUUGAGAAUAGUUAUUUCGAGGAAUGGAGGAGGUAACAGUGGUGAUGAAUUUAGUAAAGAUUACGAGGGACUUGGCUACUCUGAUGAUGAAUCAAAAUUGGAUGGACUCCAGCCCGCUCGCAAGUUGAACAAAGCCACCAUCUUGGCCAAGUCUGUUGAAUACAUCAAACACUUGGAAUACAGAAACAGCCUCUUAACUACAGAGAAUGAGAAACUGAAAGAGAUAAUUCAAAACAGCGGUGCUGCGACAGACUCUGGUUCGGGUAACAUGAUGAACAAGCUGAUAAUUGGUUCUUUGGCCUGCUUAGCUGGUGGUUCCACGUUAAACGAUAUGUCCAACGAUAGUAGGUCGUUGAUGACUAUGCCCAUAUUUAUAUUUAACUCAAACGAAACCACGCUGGCGUUGAAACCAUUACUUGGAAUAGUGAAGGGAUUCCUAGCUAUUUAUGUUCUUUAUUUGGUUAUCGCGCCACUAUUCCAUAGCUCAACUGUGUGCAUAGAGAAAGAUGAAAAGACAAUUGCCAAUGAAAACAAUGAAUCACCUGACUGGCCACAAGGUAAACAAGGAGGAUUCUUUUCUUUACUGGUGAAUAUUGCAACCAGCGGCCUUUCGGUUGCGUUAAACAGGGACCCAUAUGCCCCCAUGAUGCAAGCGUUUUACUUUAAGCAGCUAUCAUUGUAUGGAAAUGGAUCGUCUCUAGCAUCCUAUAUUGCUGCAUCAUACUGGAGAUGUGCUCGCCAGUCCCGCAACCAAAUUCCAGCAACUGACUCAAAGUCACAAUAUCUAUUGGAGAACUUUGAAUACGCUCAAGUGUUUGAAAUCAAAUCAAUGAACACAUUGUUGGCCAAGUAUCCAAAUUUGAAGUUGAAUAGAACACAUUUUGUGGAACAAGUCUCUAAAUUGUUAUGUGAUUCCUUGCUUGAGAAUUGCAUUCAUAAGAUGAUUGAAUUGGAAGCACUCAAAUUGCAGAAGAAGGAGCAACUAGCUGCUGACGAUACCGAGCAGGAGGAGCAAACAGAACGAACAAUUUCUGAAUUCCAAGAACAAAGAGAUCAAUAUCUUAAACAUGCUUCACAGCUCUCAUCCACUAAUGAGCAAUUGCUGAAAUGCAAAUUGAUCAAGUGUAUGAUUGACACAUCUUUGGAAAACUUGCAGGAAUGUGGUCGACUGAUUCAAACUUUUACAUCCAACAAGCUAUCCAAGGAUCUGGUAGCAUGCUUUACUUGUUGUAUCAUUUGUGCAUUAUCCGAAGGCUCUCCUAGCAUUGAACAAGUCAAUUUGUUUAUUGACAGACUCAAUCUUCCUAACUAUACCAACGUUUACGUGAAGAACACAAAGGUGUCAUUGCUGCUUUACGUUUCCCUGUUAACAAUGGUUAACUCCCUACCUGACAGCACAUAUAGUCAACGUUUCGUACAGGUUGACUCCGAUAGUGACGAGGAAGACGCAUUAGAUUCAGAUUCUGUGGGAUCUGGGUCCUAUGACAACCACUUGGUCAGAGAUAAGCUAACGAAUAUUCUUAGUAACCUGAGAAUCAUUACGGGUACACCUAAAUCUAAGAACGAUUUGGCUAUUAUCGAGUCGACUACUCUGAAGAGUAUUCUCAUAGAUGGGUUGGUCAGUAGGAUAAACCUUCUAGAUCAUGCCUGA